AUGCAGCGAAGGACAUCUGAUCGUACUGGGCCGAAACCUCUAGAAAGAAGUUGCAGUACAAUACGUCCUAGUGCUGCACGCCGUGGGCGCGCUCGUUCAACUGUACCAUUUGCAAAGCAGCAAGAAUACACAUUGAUCGUGCUUGGAGCAUCUAAGGUUGGUAAAAGUGCAUUAGUUGGACAAUUUCUUUGGGAUACGUUCAUCAGCGAAUAUCGUCCAACGGUCGAAGAAUUCAACUGGAUUGAAUACAACAAUGAUGCUGGCGACGAACUUUUAUUACAGGUUAUUGAUACCGGUGGAUCUCAUGAUUUUCUCGCUAUGCGACAUCUUUAUGCGAGGACCGGUGAUGCUUUCAUUGUUGUUUUUGCGGCUAAUGAUCCGGAUUCAUUCGAAGAGGCAAAAAGGAUAGUCGAAGAAAUUCGCGAAAGAAAUAUGAAACGAGCACCGAUCUUGCUGCUGGGUAAUAAAAGCGAUUUAUACGAAAGCGAGGGCGACUGGCCUUGUGAGAAUGUUCGCAAAUUCGCCUCAGCACAGCUCAUUCCUUUUGUGCCCGUCUCAGCUAAAAACGGUCAUCGGGUCGAGCAAGUGUUUGGCGAACUACUCGAUCAAAUGCAAGGCUUUCAUCCAACCAUAAUGACAAAACGACGACAAUCAAUGCCCUCAGCACGUGCUUAUAGUGGUAUUGAUAUCUCGGAAAUAGAGCGUAUCGCAAAGAAACACAGUAAAAGUACGUGUGUCAUAUCAUGA